AUGCGAUGGGCCUCGUCUCCAGAUACGGUCCUGAAGCCGGUCGAGACGAGCAAACGGAGGAAGAUCGUAGCAGGAAUUCCGGGUUCGACGAAAUCAAAGGCGAAGAGGAAGCUGAUUGUUGAUGGUAGCUGUGAGGGUGAAUCGCCGCCGCAGAAGAAACAGAGGAAGAAGAGUCCUCCGCCGCCGCCAAAGAAACAGAGGAUCAGGCUGGAAGCGGCGGACUGCUCCAAGAGGAAAUCUCACUUCGUGCUUUCGACAUUGAUCGAUGGCAAUGCGGUGGAUCUCGGCGCGCAAGUGAGCUGCCGCAACAACAAGAACGAAGUGAAGACAGGGAUUGUAAAGCGGGAAGGUAUAUGUUGCCAAUGCUGCAACAAGUCCUUCAGCCUGUCAGGUUUCGAGAUUCACGCCGGCAGCAAGAGGCACAUGCCGGCGGCCAGCAUUUUCCUGGAGAACGGCAAGUCGUUGUCGGAGUGCUGCGCCCAAAUCAUGAAGGACAAGAGGACGAGGCGGAGGAAGAAGGAAACGGCGGUGGUGGAGGAGGAGGAGGAUGCCAACGACUUGAUCUGCUCAGUCUGCCGCGAAGUCGGCGAUUUGCUGUGCUGCGAUCGCUGCCCAUCGUCGUUCCACUACAGCUGCGUCGGUUUGGAGGAGCUGCCUGAGGGAGACUGGUACUGCCCGUUUUGCUGCUGCGACAUCUGCGGCCGAAUCGAAGACGAUAAUGGUGAAACAGAAAGUACUGCCCCUCUCUUGAGCUGCCACCACUGCCAGCUCAAGUUCCAUGAUCCUUGCCUGAAAAAGAAACGGUCGGCGAAGUUCAGAAGGAAAUCUGUUAAGGGGGAAUGGUUUUGCAGUACCGAGUGUGGUACCGUGGUUUCCAAGCUUCAACAGCUCGUAGGAAAACCUGUUCCUCUCGGCAAAGGAAGCGAUCUCACCUGGACGCUACUGAGAUGGACUGAAGACGACUCGGGCAGUUCAGAAAAGCUGAACGCUGCCAUAGACAUCCUGCACGAUUGCUUCGAACCGUUCAAGGACGAUUUCUCCGGAACAGACAUAGUUGAGGACCUGAUUUACAGUAAAGGAUCGGACCUCAGGAGGCUCAAUUUCGUGGGAUUCUACACGAUUGUGCUGCAGAAGGGAGAUGAAGUAGCGUGCGCAGGUAACGUCAGGAUCCUGAGAGGGAAGAUGGCCGAAUUGCCACUCGUCGGUACCAGAUCGCAGUACAGGGGCAAAGGGAUGUGUCGAUUGCUGAUGAACGAGCUGGAGAAGCAGCUCAAGAGGUUUGGAGUGGAGAAGCUGGUGUUACCAGCGGCUCAUAGUGUGCUCGACAUGUGGAGGGAUACUUUCGGGUUCUCAGAGCUUACCGCGGAAGACAGGAGUAGCGGCGGCUGCAGAUUUCUUGAGUUUGAAGGUACUGUGACUUGCCAGAAGCUUCUUCAAUAA